AUGACCUCUGACGAUAUUCGUUUGGGUGAUAUAAUUGUUGAAGGUGAUAGUGGUAGUAUAGUCCUGGUAGGAUUUCCAUAUGAUGAAGGUGUACGAAGAAAUAAUGGACGAGUUGGUGCAAAACAUGGUCCCGAUUCAUUUCGUCAAUUAUUAAAACGAACAGGAACUGUUGUUAAUGCUGAAUAUGAUGAUUUAGAUCUACGAAAAUAUUUAACUAUUUCUGAUGGAGGUAAUAUUAAUGCUGACUUAACUUUAGAAGAAGCUCAUCAACAAUUAGAAAGUCGUAUUCGACAAUUAAUAUCAAAUGGGAAAAUUCCAUUUGUUGUCGGAGGUGGUAACGAUCAAUCCUAUCCUAAUGCUUCUGCUUUAUUAAAUCAUACGACGAAAUCAAUCUAUGUUAUUAAUAUUGAUGCACAUCUUGAUGUUCGACCAUUGAAGGAAAAUAAUAAAUCUCAUUCUGGUUCACCAUUUCGAUUAUUACUUGAAGAUCAAAAAUUUCAUCAAAAUCCUUCAAAUCGAUUUAUUGAAUUUGCAAGUCAAGGAUCUCAAUGUUCUAUAGAACAUGUGAAUUAUCUUCGUUCAAAAUCUCCUUUAACUCAAAUAUUUUGGUAUCAAUCAAUUCGUGAUAACCCAUUGGCACCUUUUCGUACGAUACUAAAAUCAGCCGAAGAACAACAAAGUGAUAUAUUCGUAUCAUUUGAUAUCGACUCCAUUAUUUCAUCUUCAUGUCCAGGUGUUAGUGCACCGGCAACCGUAGGUCUUACUGCUCAACAAGCUUGUGAUAUCGCUUUUUAUGCUGGAGAAUCUUUACAAGUUAAACUAAUGGAUCUCAGCGAAUAUAAUCCACUAAUCGAAGACUAUCGAACAGGAAAACUUGUAACACUUAUUUUUUAUCAUUUCGUUCUCGGACGAGCAAAAGCGAUUCGAGAUUUAAUGCAAUAA